AAGGAACAAGAGCCUGAAGUAGCACCAACAGACAUGGAUUGGGCAUCUGAACCCAGCCCAUUCCAGGGCAGGUUCUUACUUCUUAAGACCUAGCAUCGAAUCAACCCAGGGUAAAAAAAAUACCUGUAUCAAGGCAGGCAUAGAUCCAACCCAGCAAAAUUUUCUGACCUUUUGGCUAACAUAACACCUGUCUAAUCUCUCUUCCAAACAAUGAAGAAUCUUAGAUAUGGCCUCAAUGGCAAUAAAAAUAUAGGUACCGGUAGAAGCAAUAGAUAUGUAUCUAUCUGCAAUACUAAUCCAUUACCCUGGAUAAAUGAUUAAGAUAUAUGGCUUCUUGGCUGCUGAACAUAGGGGAAGCAUCUGGAAUUUCCUUGAAACCAAGACGUCAGGACAAGCGUCACAUUUAUCAUUGGCAAUGUCUGUUUCAGCUGGCAGGCUAUGAUGCUACCUUAUGGGAGAGAAAAUCCAGUGCAAUGCUGUCAAUCCACAGGAAGAGUCUUGCAGGCACCACCCUUUCCCGUCGGACAUAACCUCCAAGUUUUACAGAUGAACCCAAAUCCUAGAGAAUAUUUCUUCCCCGCUGUCAGUUCUAACCUUGAGCACUUUCCCCCUGGCUCCUCAGGGAGGCUGGCAGAAAGCAUGGAGAGCCAUGAAAUCAACAUUCAUUUUUCCAAGAUGUGGGAUCCAUACACAAGUUGGGAUGAAGCAGAGAAACCAGCCCUUGGCAAAUGUGCAAGAACCAGAUCCAUCCUUAUUUCCUUUCUCAAGGUCCCCUUGAUGUUUGCCUUUUUAUACCUGUUUGUGUGCUCCCUGGAUGUGCUGAGCUCCGCUUUCCAGCUGGCAGGAGGUAAAGUAGCUGGAGAUAUUUUCAAGGACAACGCUAUCCUCUCCAACCCAGUGGCAGGGCUUGUGGUAGGAGUCCUUGUUACUGUCCUUGUCCAGAGUUCCAGCACCUCCACUUCCAUCAUCGUGAGCAUGGUUUCCUCAGGGUUGCUGGAGGUAGGUUCAGCCAUCCCCAUCAUCAUGGGCUCCAAUAUAGGGACCUCAGUCACCAACACCAUUGUGGCACUCAUGCAAGCUGGCGACAGAAGUGAAUUUAAGAGGGCCUUUGCAGGGGCCACGGUGCAUGACUGCUUCAACUGGUUGUCAGUACUGAUUCUGCUGCCUCUGGAAGUGGCCAGUGGCUAUCUGCACCACAUCACCAAAGUUUCCAUGGCAACUCUCAACUUGCGCAGUGGACAGGAUGCGCCAGAGCUUCUGAAAGUAAUCACGGAGCCCUUCACUGGCCUUAUUGUUCAGCUGGAUAAAACAGUGAUCACAGGGAUUGCCACAGGCAAUGAAAGCUUGCAGAACAGAAGUCUGAUUCGGGUGUGGUGUGAAGCGCCAGUUCCACAGAUUUCUUCAGCAGGCACAAGAGGAAGAUCCCUAAACUGCAGCUCCCUUAUGCCAAACAGUCUGGAAACUGCUGGGAACUUCAGCAGUGCCAUGCCACAGAAAUGCAACCAUCUGUUUGUGGACUCCUCUCUGCCAGACUUGGCUGUAGGACUCAUGCUGCUGGCUGGAUCCCUGGCUGUACUGUGCACCUGUCUUAUGAUGUUGGUCAAAUUACUAAACUCUGUGCUCAAAGGCCAAGUGGCCAGAGCUAUCCAGAAGGUCAUUAACACAGAUCUUCCAUCACCUUUUGGAUGGGCCACCGGUUACUUUGCCAUGCUUGUUGGUGCCGGGGUGACGUUUGUUAUGCAAAGUAGCUCUGUCUUUACUUCAGCAAUCACCCCUCUCGUAGGUCUCGGGGUGAUUAGUUUAGAACGUGCCUAUCCCCUCACUCUUGGUUCUAACAUUGGAACUACAACUACGGCUAUCCUAGCAGCCCUGGCCAGUCCAGGGGAUAAAUUGGCCAGUGCCUUGCAGAUUGCUCUCUGCCACUUCUUCUUCAACAUCUCUGGGAUUUUGCUGUGGUAUCCCCUACCUUGUACUCGCCUUCCAAUCCGCAUGGCCGAAGCAUUAGGUGAGCAGACAGCCAAGUACCGCUGGUUUGCUGUCUUCUACCUGAUUAUCUGCUUCCUCUUGUUGCCGUCGUUGGUUUUCGGACUCUCCGUGGCAGGGUGGCAGGUGCUGGUUGGAGUGGGAGCUCCAUUCCUGUUCCUUCUAGCUUGUGUGGCCGUUAUCAACAUCAUGCAGUCACGAAGCCCCGACCGACUGCCCAGGUGGCUUCAGAGUUGGGACUUCUUGCCAUACUGGCUCCAUUCUUUGCAGCCCUUGGAUGGGCUGAUGACCAGAGCCACGCCGUGUUGUGCUGCCCAUUGUUCAAGUAGCCGAGAGGAAUGUAAAAAUAAAUCACCAGAGGUUAAGGUCAGAAGAGGUUUGCCGAAGCCUUCUGUUUUCUUCUUAGAGGAAUGGUCUCCACCACCAAGACUUUCACCCCAGCUGAAUAUCCUGCCAAUGCAGCGUGCUAGCCGCCUGUGAUUUGUGCUGGAGCACAGCUCUGCAGACAGCGGUGCUCAGCAGACAGGCAAUAAUAAAAGAAAAAGCGUGACAAGGAACUGCAUCAGUGCAAAUAUUGGAGUUUGUGCCGAUGGUUGCCCUCCUCACUGGAGCACUGCCAUUGCCACCUGUGUAUUCCAGCCAAUAUAGAUUCAUGUCUCAUUGGGCAGAACUUUUCAUGGGAAAUAUGCCUAUAACUGGCAUUUGGUAAUCACUGUGCAUAUCAUUUUGACAUGAGCAUCAAUGAAUGAGCGCAAAAUAAUCAGCGUCUGGACUUCCAUAAUGUGCGGGAGAGUUUAUAAUACUUACAAUGCAGCAAAAAACGCCACUCUCGAUUGCCCUUAGUAUCUGUGUAACAGGAGCUUCAUAUAUUCAGAAGUUAUUUUGUAGCAGAACUGUAGGUCUCCCUGAAUACUGUUUACUCAAUGUGCAACACAUUUGCAGAAUUACUCAUAAUGGUGCUUGGAAGAUAUUUCCUUUUUAACUUGACAACAAGGUCCUUCAGAUGUCUGAUGACAACUCACAUCAUCUCAAAAUCAUUAUAUGUGCUAAUUAAAACUGGUGGGAAUUGGAAGCAGAAACCAUGUAGAGGUUGUUUGAACCUGUAGAAUAUCUACUUCAUUUUAUAGAAUUGUCUUAAUAGGUUCUGACCAUCAAAUUCUUUAUGAGCAAGAAAGUAAUAGAAACUGAUACAAUGGUGUUUCUUAAAUAGUUCCUAUAAUAAUAAUUUUGGAAUCACUAAGCAACCAGUUGCUACAUUUAUACCGCUUAUAUUUCUGCUGAGUAGUUAUAGAUCACUUCAAUUUGGGUUCCAGAAAAAUUCUAGAAAUAAAACUGGGGAGACAUUGUUUCUGUACUUUUACUACGGUAGAUAACUGUUCUCAUAAUUUUCAUUAUUCCAGUUAAAAUGCAGAUUGUGAAGAAUAUGAUGUGUACUAUUUAUAAAAUAUGACACAAUAUUCUCUUGGCUACCGCUGAAUCUCAGCUGAGGUUGAACCAAUAACAUGAUGCAGAUCAGCAACUAACAAUCCUAAAACAGGAGCCAUUUCCUUUGAUUUUUAAGUUUUUAAGAAUAGAAAACUCUAUGUUAACGGAGAAACUGAUCACAUAUGAAAAUCACUUUGGGGGGAGGGAGUGAAUCUAUCCCAUUAGCAGACCCUGAACAUGGUUUGAAUUAGGAGUUCAGCCGCCACUUUGGAUGUUUUGGUUGCUUUAAAAAAAAAAAUUGCAAGCACUAUGAAUCUUUGUAAUCUUCCCUGGAUCUUCUUCGUGUCUCAUGUUCACAUUUACUUUAUGAUUAUAUCACCAGAAUGUGCACUCUGUCAUUUUUACCUUUGCUUUAGCACAUAAUCCCAGGGCAGCUUGUGUUUCUGCUUCUGUCGAGUUUGAAUUUGCAGAGUUUCUUUCAGAUUUGUGUCCCCUGUUGCAUAAUUUGAGCAUCCAGAUGUGUUUCUAAAUCACUCCUUCAAAAAUAAAGUUCACUGAUAAAUCUGUUCUUUAAGCCA